AUGAACCCUGUGAUCGUAAGUUCGCAACCAGUUAUGGUGGUGACCCAGCCACAAAGUGGCCAGUGGCAGACCGAUUUAUGUGACUGCUGCAGUGACGUCGGCGUAUGCCUCUGUGGACUGUUCUGUUUCACUUGCUUGGGAUGCCAAGUAGCGGCUGACAUGGACGAAUGCUGCUUAUGUGGCCCAACCAUGGCGAUGAGAUCCGUCUACCGGACUAGAUACAGAAUCCCGGGAUCUCUCAUGGGGGACUUCAUUGCUACAGGCUGUUGCCCUCUGUGUUCCCUCUGUCAGCUAAAGAGAGACAUCAACAGGAGGAAAGACAUGGGAAUGUUCUAGGAAGAUUUGCUUCUGUACGGCAACUGUAUAUUCUA